AUGGUGGGCAAAGGAGCCACAUCGCUGGUUUACCAGGUGGACGGACAUCCUCAAUUCGUGAUCAAGAGUCCUAGUCGAUCCAGUGAAGCCCAUCACAUUGCCAGAGAAGUUCUGCGACUCCAACAGCUCCCGAAACUGGCCGUCGUCAACAGCGCGGUGGCCUAUGUGCCUCCUCGUGCCCUGAUGAUGAAUCUCUAUCCAGUCCACGUGCCGUACAUGACCCAGCAGCACAUCUUACGCUUCAAAGAGGACGUCAGUGCAGCUCUCCAACUACUUCACAUCUUGAACAUCGUACACGCCGAUGUCCACCUUGAUAACGUGAUGGUAAGGGAACGACCUGCUUCAUACGUACUCAUUGACAUGGGCGGCUCAGCGGGCGAAUGCAUAUACCCCAUCAGUCAGGAAUUUGGCUCUCCGGGAAGGGGGGGGGAGAUCUCCAUAGGCCACCUCAUGAACUUCAUGAUCCUCCUAGGCGAACGAUGCGGGGCACAGCCUGCCUGGCCUCGCAUGCUCUUUCCGGGUGGCAGCUGGAUGGAAACGGCGGUGGACGCCAAGAUUGUUGUCCAGGCAGGAUUGUGGACGGUUAAUACGCAGACGACAGAGUUUCUUGAUCCCUCUGACCAAAGGGGCAAUCAGGACGGAGUAUUCAUCUAUGAGCCAGCUCAAGCUGACCCCACGAACUCUGACAGCUGGGAGCAGUCGGCUGCCUUUGCAAAGUUCUACCUGAGCUGUGGCCUGCGCACCAAGGGCUCCCACAUUCGGCGUGUCUACAUGGGCGUCUACCCCUUCCUCAAGUACGGGAAUCAGGAUGGCUAG